AGGGGCGAGCGCGCGGCUGUGAGUGAGUCUGGCUCCGCUCGAGACCAACUGCUCCCUGUAGCCUCACGUUAACGUAACGGCCCGCCAGGUUUGCUCUCACCUGAGCGACGCAGGGAUUUUUUCAUCUCCAUUGUCUUUCUCACCUGUUGGAAUAUCAAGGGGAACAACAAGGGGAGGAGGAUACGGGCUGCCACUAUUGGAAUAAGUUCGUUUCUGUCUCUCUGGAGAAUAUUUAUCCCACCAAACAUGUCGCAAGACUACGCGAACAGGAGGAAGACUCGAGGCCUCACCAGACUGGGUCGGAUGGUGAGCGAGGACCCGGACCUGGACAGCCUGCUGUCGAACCUAUCGCCGGAAGAGCUGCAGGAGGUGGAGGAGGUGGUGAUGAAGGCUCCGGGCCCGGACCCCUCCGACAUCACGCUCGUGGAGAAAACUGAGAAGACUGUCACGGAGGGCGCAGGGGGAGACAAGAAACCGCUCCAGAGGAACGCAUCUCUUGAGAAGGAGAGCCACAAGCAGAAGUACCUGCGGCAGAUGGGGUGGAGCCAAGAGAAAAAGGAGGAGGAGCUUAAGCGCCAGCACAGUGUCUCCCACGGCAACAGCAACAUCAGCGACAACAAAAUGGCUACCGAAAACAAAAUGGCCGCCAGCAAGACGGAACCCCGCAGGAGCUGGCGGCGCGAGGGGAGCAGAGACGCGGAGGUGAAGACGGAACGAGUGAACGGGGGGAGACCGUCAGAGGGACGAGUGAACGACGAGACGAACGACGAGAGACACACAACAGCAGCAGCCAACAGGAGAGAUGCCACGGACAGGAAGGAGAAAGAGACGGACAGGAAGGAGGCGAAGGACAGCAAGACGAAGGAGAUGAUCAGCAAACUGCAGGAGCAGAAGGAGAAGGGGAAGGAGGAGGAGGAGGGAGGAGGAGGUUACGGCACGCUGGGGAGGAGGAGGAGGGAGGUGGUGAGGAGAGACGACGGCAAGACCAAGGGCCUCAUCUCCCAGCUGAAGGAGAAGGAGAAGAAAGAGAAGGAGCGCGAGAUGGAAGAGAGCAAGGAGAGGGAGAGGAGGAAAGAGGAGCUCAGGAGGAGGUCCGAGAUGAGGAGCCAACAAGCUCAGACGGACAAAACGAAAGAGGAGGAGAGGAAGGAAGAAAAGACUGCGGAGGAGGAGGAGAAGAAGAAAGACGGCGCAGGAAAGGUGGGAGCGGAUAAAGAAGUGAAGGAAAAGAAAGACGAAGACGGGAAGGAGGAGAGGAACAAAGGGAAGAAAGAAGAGGAUGCCAGUGAACGUGUGAAGGCCAGUGCGAACGGGGAGAGCGUGAAACAGAACACAUGUGAAAACGACAAACAGCACAAAGAAGAGGAAAAGACGAUGGAGAAAGGAGAUGCUCCAGACGGUGUGGGGAAAGAGGAGGUGAAGCAGGAGUUGACCAACUGCAUCGGAGAGAAGAAAGUGGAGGAGGAGCAGGAGGAGGAGGAGGUGAAAAAGGAGGAGAAGAGCAACACCCCGAAGCCCAAGACGAAGACGAAGGAGGAGGAGGAGGAAGAGGAGUCGGCCAGCAUGUUCGACGAGGACCUGCAGCGCGUCCGUGACAACGACCCCAACAUGGCGGAGCUCAACGUUAACAACUCGGAGGUCAUCAAGGUCAAGACGCUCAUGGCGUUCGCCGAGGCGCUCCGUGACAACACGCACAUCAAGAGCUUCGCGCUCGCCAACUGUCGCGCCGAUGACCACGUGGCGUACGCCAUCGCUGGAACCCUGAGGGUCAACAAGACACUCACCUCCGUCAAUAUGGACUCCAACCUGCUCACCAGCAAGGGGAUCAUGUCACUUAUUCAGGCGCUGCAGUACAACGCGUCCCUGACGGAGCUGCGGUUCCACAACCAGCGGCACAUCUGCGGCGGCAAGAGUGAGAUGGAGAUGACCAAGAUCCUGAAGGACAACACCACGCUGCUGAAGCUGGGCUACCACUUCGAGCUGGCCGGCCCGCGCAUGACCAUGACCAACAUACUGAGCAGGAACAUGGACCGCCAGAGACAGAGGCGUCUGCAGGAGCAGAAGCAGGCGCAGCAGGCCAACGGCGGCGCUGACCCCAAGGGGGCGCUGGAGGUUCCCAAGACCAAGGGAGGAGCCUUCCGCUCCCCCAAGGCGUCCCCCAAACCCUCCCCACAGCCCUCUCCCAUGCCCUCCCCCAGGAUGGGCGGCAGGAGGAGCACCACUGGGGGGUCAGGAGGGCCUGGAGGACCCCCACCUCCCCCUCCGCCCCCCGGGGGGCCGCCCCCGCCCCCGCCCCCCAUGCUGGACGGGGACUUCCUGAAGAACUCUCUGAAGCCGGUGGCCAACAGGAAAUCGGAGGGGAAGGGCGGGGCCAAGAACUCGCGCGACCAGCUGCUCGCAUCCAUCAGGGGAAGCGACGUGAAGCAGCUCAAGAAGGUUCCCGUGCCAAAAUGGCUGCAGUGAGCUGAUCAGAGGGAAAGAGAGAAGCAAGAAGAUGAAGAAGUGGAGCGAAAGAACAGACAUCUCAUGAGGAGAGGAAGAGGAGCGGAAAGGGAGAGGAGAGGAGAGCAGAGGAAAAGGAAGAGGAGAGAAGAGGGGACGAGGAGAGAAAGAGGAAGAGGAGAAUGAGAGGAAGAGGAGAAGUGGGAGAGAGUAAACCCUAAACGAGAAGAAGAAAAGAAUAGAAUGAAUUGGGGCCUCUGUGUGUAGGGGAGCCAAUAGGAGCUGACUACAGACUCCCACCUGAUGCACAGCCUCCACCUUGCUCUCUAUAGCUCACACACACACACACACACACACACACACACACACACACACACACACACACACACACACACACACACACACACACACACACACAC